GAUUAACAACUCAUUUGAUCUCAACCUCUCAGCAAAAGAGGCACACAUGUUAAGAUCUUUCUACAUUCUCUCUUCUCUCUCUCUGGCAUGCUUAUCCAGUAAAUAGUUUGCAAAACUGUUGAAGCAUCUCAUGGUCUAUAUAAAGAGGAGAAGAGGCAGUUUCUUUUGUGAGGAAUAUAGACAUGGAGAAAGCUUGGUUCUAUAAGGAGUAUGGUCCCAAGGAAGUUCUCCAGUUAGGAGACUUCCCCCUGCCCACUCCCCAGCAUAACCAGCUGCUUGUUCAUGUUCGAGCUGCUGCUUUGAACCCUAUAGAUUCCAAAAGGCGUCAACAAUCUAUAUUUCCUUCAGACUUUCCCGUAGUUCCUGGGUGUGACAUGGCUGGUGUUGUGGUUUCCAAAGGCAGUGGUGUUGUAAAAUUUAAUAUAGGGGAUGAGGUUUAUGGAAACAUACAAGAUUUUAAUGCAGAGGGAAAACUAAAGCAACUUGGAACAUUAGCAGAGUUUACUGUUGUGGAGGAGCACUUGGUGGCUAUAAAGCCAAAAAACCUUUCCUUUGAGGAGGCUGCCAGCUUGCCAUUAGCUGCUCAGACUGCAAUAGAAGGCUUCAAAGUUGCAGGUUUUAAGGAGGGACAGACAGUAUUUGUGAUUGGAGGAGCAGGUGGUGUUGGAAGUUUGGUGGUUCAGAUGGCCAAGUUCUUGUUUGGAGCUUCUCAUGUUGUGGCUACUUGUAGCACCCCAAAGGUAGAUUUUGUUAAAAACUUGGGAGCAGAUGAAGUUGUUGACUACACGAAGACUAGAUAUGAAGAUAUUAAAGACAAAUAUGACCUCGUUUAUGAUACAAUUGGUGACAGCAAGAACUCUUUUGUGGUGGCCAAGGAUGAUGCACCAAUAGUUGACAUAACAUGGCCUCCAUCUUAUCCAAAAGCAAUUUAUUCGAGCUUAACGGUCUCUGGGGAAAACCUCGAGCAACUUAGGCCAUACUUGGAGACUGGAAAAAUCAAGCCUGUGAUUGAUCCUACAGGCCCAUAUUAUUUUACGGAUGUAGUUGAAGCUUUUCGGUAUUUGGAAACUGGAAGAGCCAGGGGCAAGGUUGUUAUAUCUCUCUUCCGUCCAGAUAAUGUCCCUUCUCUUGCUUCUUGGGAGAGCAGGAACAAUCCCAUGGCUGAAGUGAUCUCACAAAAGAUGUCUGUCAACGUUGUUUACUGAUGCAUGCCCCAAGUACUUAAAGAAUGGAAGCCUUGAAUUGUCGGCGCUGCAGUAGAAUGAAAAGCAUGAUGUAUCAAAAAACAAAUAUAGAAGUUUCUGUGUUAUGGAUUUCCUCUGCUAUAACUGAGGAUGCUGUUAAGAUUUGUUUGUACCGUCCUCUUAAAAAAAAUAAUAUUUGAAGUGUUUGUGACAAUUGUUAA